UUUAUCCAGGGUGUGACUCAGCUGUUCUAGCCUCGUUUUCGAUUCUCAGCAGAAGCAGACGCCUGCUUCUCUCAUUCGAAUGAUCUCUUAUGUCAACCAUGGCUGCUGUUUCAGAGACGACUCUUGUGUUGGUGACUGGGGCAUCGGGCUACAUUGCCUCUCACAUCGUGCGGCAGCUCCAGGAAGAGGGCUACCGAGUCAGAGGGACGAUUCGCAGCCUGGGCGACGAGGAGAAGGUCAAGAAGCUUAAUGAACUGUGUCCGGAGGCUGAGCACAAGCUUGAGCUGGUCGAGGCUGACCUCAACAAGCCAGACUCAUGGGAACCGGCGAUGAAGGAUGUGACGUACGUGAUUCACGUAGCAAGCCCCUUCCCGUCAACAGCCCCUAAGGACGAGAGCGAGGUGGUUACCCCAGCCGUGGAGGGCACCCAAGCUGUCCUUAAGGCAUGCGUCACUGCCAAAUCAGUGAAGCGUGUCGUUAUGACCAGUUCCUGCGUCGCCGUUGGCUGGGGUGCAGGUGUCGAUCUGUCAAAGACUUUCAAUGAAGAUGACUGGACCGACCCAGAAAAGCUUGACGCUUACGGAAAAAGCAAGACAUUAGCAGAAAAAGCUGCCUGGGAUUACGUGAAGGAGCUACCAGAUGAGGAUAAGAUUGAGCUCGCGGUAGUAAACCCAUCUUACGUCAUGGGCCCCGUCAUCAACGGAUCGCAGAGCAAUAGCCUAGAGGUGGUUAAGAGACUAUUGGAGCGUGAAAUGCAUCUGGUUCCCAAACUGAACUUCAACAUCGUGGACGUCAGGGACGUAGCAAAUGCUCACAUCAAGGCCAUGACUCUGGGGGAAGCCGCCGGGAAGCGCCACCUCGUCACGAACGCAAAUAUCUGGAUGAAGGAAAUCGGUCAGAUUUUAUCUAAGGAGUUCAAGUCACAAGGGUAUAACGUCCCGACAACAGGGUGUCCAAACGCCAUUCUGUGGAUGAAUAGCUGUUUCAACAAGAACCUUAAGACGCUGCUUCCACAACUUAAUAAAGUAUACAAGUUCGACAAUACUAGGAUGAAGGAAGUAUUGGCUAUUACACCCAAGGAACCGAAGGAAAUUGUCAUUGAUAUGGCAUACAGUCUUAUAGAGAAUGGUCUCGUCAAGAAGGCCAAAAAGUACAGGGGACCAAACGCUGGGGGAGAGGAAGCAGCCGAGGAGACUAAAGAGGAAGGUGGCGAGAAGACCGAGGAAAAGGAGGGAGAGGAAAAACCAAAGGAAAAUGGCGAUGUUAAGGAGGAAAAGCCAGAAGAAGAUGAUUUGAAAAAGGAAAGUGAAGAAAAGGAGGAAGAGAAACCAGAAAAAAUUGAGGAUGUUGAAAAGGAAGAGGAGAAACCCGAGGAGAAGCCUGAAGAGGAAACAAAAACAGAGGAAAAGACGGAGGAAAAGAGCGAGGAGAAAACAGAAGAAUCAACGCCAGCUGAAUAGAGGAACGGACUUUAAUCAAUUAAUAAGGCUGUUAGAGAUAGGUAUAUUUUCUGGGGUGAAAGUGCUGAUGAGGAAAAGAACUCUAUUAACUACGUUAUGGACCAAGCUGCUUGAUAGUUGAGUAAGCCCGGCCAGUGUAAUGCGGCAAAAACUGACAUCUUCCCUUUCAAGUCGUUUUCUUGCUUUGUGAAUUCAAAUAUGCGUAUUUUCAAGGGGAACUAUUGAGGAUAAAUAUAUAUUCUUAUUCCAGUAUUUGUUAGAAGUCUAUAAAAGCUUUAUGACAAGAUCCAUAUGUUGUUCAUAAACUGUCAAUACUAUUUCAUCCUUUUGGCAGCAUGCAUAUCUAGAGAAGACCAUCAAAACGUAUCAUAUAUAUACUAUGUAUGGGCCAAAAUUUCUUUCAGCACUAGAAUUUAACUAUAGCAGACAAGUGAGGAAUGACAGGGGAUUUGUGUUGCAAGUCGGUACAUUCCAUUUUCUAAACAGUGGAGAAGCAUGUCACUCACGAUUGGGGAAGGGAGAAAAAUACUGUUGUCGUUGGAAUUUCUUUUUAUAUACAAAUAAAAAUCAAUUUUAUUUGAAAAUUUUAAAGAAUUUUUCAUAGGAGUGAUAUUAAAAAUGGGUUGUCCAAAUUAUUACAGCUGAUGAUGAUUGUGAACUUAAUUAAUUAGUUAAAAUUACAGAGUGGUUUUCAUGUAUUUAUAGGUAAUUGAAUGAAUAUGUGCAGGAAGACUAUUUACUCUGUAAGUAAUUAGGAAUAACCUUUUGAUCUUAGAGAGGUGAAAUGAAUCCCAAGGGAGGUAACUCGUACGCGAGUAAAAGUCAGCACAAUGUAGAAUGAACGAGAUCAGCUACAUGUGUGCUGCAUAUUAAAUAUAUUCUUACCUAUUAAUACAAUCAUACGUACAAGCUGGAUAUUUCAAUGUAAAAUGCUCAUACAUGUCCAUAAAAUGGACAAUGUUUGUAUAUGUUUUGUCUGUUUAGUAAAGCCAACGCAUUUGCCUUUCUCAAAAUUUAUUUUUUAAGGUGAAAAUCUUAUUUCUAAUUUUGUAUGAGGAUCACAUCGUGACCAUUUUUUUUGUCACCCACCUUUCGAGAAAGUGAUUUAUACAAAUAUAUUAUCUAUCUCUUGUGUUUCUACGGUAAUUUUUUGUACUGCCUAAAUGUAUUAUAUUCAUCUUACAGCAAGUUUUUGAUCAAUCAUUGUUCAUGUGUGUGAUCGUUUGACAGUGCCCCGCCAAGCUCGCGUUCCCUAAGCCAGAACACUGGCCUUAGCUGAUUACAACUUAACCGAAGUGAUCGCAAGGCCAGUUAUACCUUUUCUUGUCGACCAUUGUUUUGUGUAUUAUAUUUAACCAACUAGUCAUAGGGUAUUUCCCCUACCUGGUGCAAUAUGUCAAACCGUUUGAUUACUGCCACACAUUUUCUAAAGGCAAUUAUAUGUGUUAUGACGUAGACCACAUAUGUGUUAUGACGUAGACCACAUGUUUUGUUAUGAUGUGAUAGAGUUGCCUGGACGACCUUUGAGAACGCUAGCGGGUUGUAAAUAUGAUGGUUUGCAGAUCGUCAACUAAAGCCCUCUAUAUAACAGCAGAUGUCCCUCUAUACAGCAACCUGUAUACAGUUUUGUUCACGUUGAUUUGCAGUUUUCCCCGUGCUGUAGUGGAGCUUCAUACGGAGUACUUCAAUCACGGUUAACAGCGGAAUAUUGUCAAUCUACAUGAACUGUACUGUAUAUUGCAGGAUGAAUAGAAGAUUUGGAGUUCUCCUCUCAUACAUAGAGGAAAAGUAAUAUUUUAUUUCCAUGUCAAUUAUAUGUUGAUCAUACAUAUAUAUAUAUGUAACAUGUAUGCUUAUGGUAACAGCAAUUCAGCUCAAUAACAGAUUCAUCGUGUCUGUUGUUGGUGUGAUUUCAUGCCAGUAUGUUCUCAACGUAUGUUCCCCUCUUCGGGAACUACAGUUUACUUUUGUCGGUUGUUAAAAGUGGAUAUCUUUGUAACGUAUGGAAACCUGUAUUCAUCAAUGUGUAAUUCAUUUACAACAGGGUCGUUAAGUAUGUGCAGUUGCUACAUUAAUAGGUUUGAAGCACGUCUCCGCACCAGAAAAAAAAUCUACUAUGAACACAGUCUUUGUAUUCGCUGAGUUAACUCCCUUUUGUGUGUUAGAAAGUAUGUUUUAAAUAUGAAUGAACCAAUGCUGACGAAAAUGCUAAGUUUACCACAUAUUUAACUGUGUAGUGUAUAGGUAAUAAGAACAUUUCAAUAAGAGUUGAUACCUUCUGGUGGAAAAGAGUGGUAAUAGAUGGUAGCUGUGCUCUUUGUGGCGGUAGAUGUGGGGAGCUACGCCGGAAAUAUAGCAGAAUUACUAAAAAUCAUGAUUGGUAAGAAUACCCACCGAUCGUCCUGAGCUUUCGUGAAGAGAGACUUAAAGUGUACUUGUAGAUACAGCUAUGUCUGUGUUAAACCGUAACGCCGUACACGUGGAGGUACUCGCCUGUGUACCCGAUAGUGACUUUGUACACAGUGUUGUGAUGUUGAGGCUAUUUAAAAGUGUUUCCAUAACAACUUAUGUAUUAUGAUAUACUCGUUUGCCUUAUGUGUUUCCAUAUGUGUAAAACAAAUCCAUCGUGUUGCUAUACGAUAUGACUUUUUUUUCGUCUAGAUUUUAAAUAUAAUUUUUCCUGAAAUUUAGAUAACAUUAUUCAGGAUAUUUUUAUCUUUUAAAAAAUUAUGAUAAAGAAUGUUGCCUUUUAUAGGUGGUGUGAUGUCUACUACCCCUGUAGAUAUAUUGGACUGAUCCAUCCAUUUACAUGGAAGGUUCCACUGCAUUAUAUUAGGGGGUGGAAGGACUUGCUACCAAUGCAGCAUCGAUCUUGCAUCAGCAACACGGAAACAUUACUAAGACACAGAACCAUUAUAAAUUGACUCUAUUUUGUUUAUCUAUAUUCAUAGAACAUUAACAAAACAUUUUCAUUUGUUUUUCAUUCGACUGUAGAAUUCAUCUCUUAACGAUAAUAUGAAUGUUAUGGAAUAGGAACAUUUAUAAACCUUUUAUUAAUUUAUUGGUAUCUAGAUAUCAUCUCUGUAUACUAAGAGCAUAGCUUUAUGUAUGUCACCGUAUAUCAAGAAAAAUAAAAUAACUUUGUUUCAA